AUGGAGACCUUGGCCAAGAACUCAUUGCCUCCUACCAUGACCCCUGACGGCAAACACGCGUCCGGCCUCAAGUCUGAUGGUCUCAUCUUGUACAAGUAUAGUGAUUCACAGUCGCUGUACCAGCUGCCAGAGAUCUCUGACGACACAAAGUUCGGUAAUGCGCCCAGUCUCUGGGACCAGGUGACCCGUUUCGUGGCAUACUUAUAUGCCAAGCACAUCCGGGCACCUAGCCACACAGCGUGGUGUCGUGACCCGGCGCGACUACUGCCCGGCGCCACACGAAUGAUCCUUUUUGAUAACGACGGGUGGCUACUGACGCGCCUAUCACCGUACCCGACACCCCACGGAAACCUGAUCCUUGCCGCUACUUCUAUCGCUGAGAUUUAUACGCAGUGGAGGAGACGGCAUGUUGCACUUUCGGCCUAUCACGUGCUUGCCGCUGGCCAAGAGAAGAGUCCUUCCGGACGGGUCCGUGUCGCACCAGGCGACCAUCUCGUUUCCGUUUUCGAGGACCAAGAUCAAGAUUUGUUCGUGGUAAUGGAGAUGGACAGCGACGGUGAGAUCAUGUUUUACCAUGAGUGUUUGCACUGCCAGGAUUUUGCCUGCAAAAGCUGCAUUGAGGUCUUGGACAAUGUGGUGGCCUUCGGUCAAAGACACACACAGGUGGAUAGGCAUGUGCCGAUGAAAUGA